AGAGCUGAGCUGAGCUGCCAAUUGUAAAGGUCGGUCCUGAUAUUGCGCAUGGUGACGUUGUUGUCACACAGAGCCUUCCACAGCUCUCUGCAUUCAAGGCAUCUGUUGAGACGUCGUCCAUACCAUGGCAUCGCGCUUGUGUUGCACGCGCUGAACGCAUUCAAGCUCGAGUUUGCUUUCUACCUGGAAACUUUGCAGCCAUCCAACCGGCACCUCAUACAACGCCUCAGAUGGUUUUUGUGUUGUCAAAUUGCAUACACUUUUGUCUCCUUCAUGGCGCGAAUGUAAUGCUCUCGGGGCUUUAAGAGACCUCUAGCAAGUUCGACGGUUCCAGUUGAGCAAUGGCUUCUCGGUGCUUUCAUCCUUCUGUGUAUCUUGAUGGUUGUUCUGAAUUCUCUGCCCCUGGUCCCUGCGAGUAUACAGCACCGAAGCUCCAGAUAGAAUUAGAACAGGAAGAGCGCAUACCCCUCUCAUCUUUGAUUGUCGCAGCUGGAAUCGAAAAACGUGAAUUGGCGAUGGAUAACACCUUCUUCCAAACUGAGAGUUGGCAACCGGCGCAAUUCGCAUUUGGUUCUUCCAAUCCUCUGAGCGUGAACUUGGAUAGCCUCGACGCUAGAAAUCAAGGUAGCUCGUCAGUUUUCCAAGCGAUGACAAUAGGAAAAGAAGCAGACCUUCGCAUUCCCGGGUACAACACCUUGAAAGGCCAGCAGCAGCUUACGACGCGACCUUCAAUCUCUUCGUGUCGAAGUCAAGUGCUGGAGAAAGCUCUGGGUGUUCAGCAAAAGUGGCCAGGCAAGAGGCCUCUGGCUCAAAGAGAGAGUCACAUCUGGUCCGAGAGAGAGCGUCGCAAAGGGAUGAACCGCCUGUUCUGUAUACUGAGGUCCUUACUGCCAGAACCAAGCUCGAAGACGGACAAGUCGACCGUCGUAGGAGAGAUCAUCAAGUAUAUCAGCUUUCUCCGGCUAAGUAUCGAGGAGCUCACCAAGAAGAAGUCCGACAUUCUCCAACGAGCAGCAAGAGUUUCUCAGUCCAGCUCUGGUGACUCGGGUGCAAUCAUCGUAAACCAGCGAUCGCAGGAAACGGUCCCUUCUUUUCAAAGCGUUGUCUUUGUCUCAACACCUCUAGUAGCUCUUCACGUGUGCCGCGAUAAUGUCUUCCUGAACAUGACUUGCAGCAGACGAGCUUCGUUGUUCGUGAACAUUCUGUGGGCCAUGAGACAGCACCAGCUUAUACUUCUCAAUGCCACUGUCUCCGCCCACGGUAGCCAGAUUAUCUAUUGUAUCCACAGCAAGGCCAAGGAUAUCAAUCAUUUCGCCCGAGAAUCGCUGCACUCUGCUCUCUUGACAAUCGCACAGCCGCUACCAAACGUGUACUAAAAAGCGUUGAAUGGUGUGUGUAAUGUAUCAU